CGCAUUCAGAAUCGCAUCGAUUCUUUUGUGAAUCGAUCAAUUAGAAGAAAAAUAAGGUGUUCGCCGGCUGUGCGAUUUUAGUGAAGUGAAAAAGGGACAUUCUAAUUUCAAAAUGAGAACCGUAUUGUUGGUUUCGCUUUUCCUGUUUGGAGCUGCCUACAGCAGUGACCUCGAAAAUGAAACAGUACCAACGGAAGAGUCCCUGAAGCGCGGGCUCAGCUCCAAGUGCGGGCUCCGAGAGCCUUCCUCCUGCAUCGCUCUCGAGCUGGUCGGCUACGUGGACCGCGUGCUGAGGACCGCCACCAUCCAGCUCAGUGAUGACGUCAUGAUUGUGGACGAGAGCAACGGCGUCGCGGUGCACACCCCGGUGAAGUCGGAGAGCCUGGCGCGCGCCGGCUCGUCUCUGGAGGACCAGGCGCAGCAGCUCAUCACCGACAAGCUGUGGUCCUUCGCCACCACCAGGUCUCUCCGGUACCGCAUGAUGGACAACGCUGAUCUCGUGAUCUCCGGAGCGCAGGAGGCUGACGGCAGUCUUGGCGUUGGUCUCUCCCUCAAGGCUCCUAAGGCUGUAGCUGAAGGCAGAAGCCGCAACAAGAACAUGGGACCAAUCCUUGCCAUGGCAGCCAUGAAGUUUGGUCUCCUGGGGGCAUUGACCUUCAAGGGUCUCACCCUCCUGGUCGGAAAAGCCCUGCUCAUCUCUAAGAUCGCCCUUCUCCUGGCCACCAUCAUCGGAUUAAAGAAACUGUUCUCGCACCAGACCAUUAUCAAAAAGGACUAAUUGUCUAGCUCUGGACGCUGAACUGAAGAAACGCAGCCGACCACGAUUCAACAACUAACAAAACUGAAAUCUCUGUCAGAGUUUUAAACCACUUUUCUUUUCACAAAAACGAUAAUCAUUUCCACGAAUUAACAAAUGAAAAUCGAUUUUGUUCCAAGGAGUCUUUUUUGAAAUUCGAACGCGAGGCGGUUCUAAAUGACAAUCCAAUGGACAGUUUUUGGAUAUGCUGUGUUUGGAGAAAAGUGGAGUAAAUACUCUUUGGCUGGAAACAUUUAAAAAUAAAUUUAAACAGCGGAUACAGAACGAAAAAAACGCUGUGCGAAUAACAAGGACUGAUUAACGAGAAAAAAAUAUUAAACUUUUCCAGUCAACCUUUUAGAGUUAACAAUGUGUAAAUAAAGCUAAUUUAUGUAUUUAUUCUAGAUUUUACUAAUACAACUAAUUUCGCAUUUAUAAUUACGACAUAACUGAAAUGUGUGUAUUAACAAUGGUUAUUUAUUAUGAAAUUAAAGGGAUGAUAUGCUAA